AUUUGCCUCUAGCUUCCUCCGCUCCUUCAACCAACUCUCUUUCUCUCUCUCUUUCACACCUUCAAUCUCUAAGAAAUGGGCCGCAAAAUCGAAAUGAAGAAGAUUGUGGAUGUUACCAAAUGCCAGGUAACAUUCUCGAAGCGUCGCAGCAGUUUGAUGAAGAAGGCCAAUGAAUUGGCUGUGUGCUGCGAUGCUGAUGUUGCUUUCAUAGCAUUUUCUCCUUCUGGCCGUAUUAGCAAAUUUUCCAAUCUAAAGAAGAUUGAAGAUUUGCUAUAUCGGUAUGUGAAUCUGCCGGCGGACAAGAGAUUGAGCCACAUAAGCAACGUGCAGGAAAAACUGGAGAAGAUUAACAAUCUUAGCCAUAUCAAUGGCGACUCGAGCAAGCUGCACUAUCUUGAUAAGCAAAUUGAGAAUCUUGAGCUGCAAAUCAAGAAAACCAAUCUAGAAUCACAAAUUCUAGAAACCGACAUCAGGGACUAUGAAAUUGCCCCUGACCAAGAGCCUUCAUUGCACCAAUUGUCUUGGUGCGAGAGAAACUUGACCCAAUCUUUACAAAGGGUCAUUGCCCGAAAGAUGGAGUUCACUUCUGCUAACAAGGGCAAGCAAGUGCCUGUAGCAGAAAACCCUAGCUCCAGCCAAGUCUUCAUGCAAAAUGAUCCUUGGAGUACUGGUCUUUCUAGUGCCGGAGCUCACGAAAGCAUGUUCAAUGACUUCCAAGGAAGUGAGAACAUGUUUUCAACGGAUCUAAACAGAGCUCCGUUUCAACAAUCCUCAUCACUCCACACUACUUCAGAGCAUUGCACGACGGAUCCACCAGUAUUCCAAUACCAAGAACAAAACAAUGCUCAAGCAAUGAAGCAAUCACUGCCCAUGGAUCAACCCCUUCCCUUCUUCGACUUCAAUGAGCCCAACAAUGCCGAUGCAUACAAUCUCGAUGGCGAUGGCGAUGGUGAUGCCGAUGCCGAUGCCGAUGUCGAUGCAUAUGUGCUAUUUUCAGAUUCUGUUAACAUGUCCACUGUGGACUCAUGCAGCGUCCAAUUAGACCCUAGGCCGAGCACGGGCGUGUCAACGACAAACCCUAGCACGUCGGAAGUCCCACGGACCGUCUUCGACGAGAUGGGAAUGUUGACGUCCGACUUGAUGGGCCAAUUUAGGCACAUGGACGAGGGCGAACAGGCCGAGAACACUACAUUCACCUACGGCAACAAUGCUGGAGAUGAAAAUAGUGUGGCUCCCGGGACCACAAGCAUGGACCAACAAGGUCCACCUUAUGUUCCUCAACAGGAGGAGCCAAGUCAAGUGCCUGAAUUUGACAAUAAUCUUUUGGAGGAAACAAGGGAAGAUCAGUCACAAUGGGACAUGAACCAACAAAGGAACAAUGUCUUUUGGGAGUGGGAUGAAUUUCUUCUGGAUGAAAAUUUCAAUUUUCAUAAUUUCCCCCCACUCUAAGAGACUCUAGCUAGGGUUCAUUUUUCAUUAGUGCAUGGGCGUGAUUGUAAAUAUACCUUGAGCAUUAUAUGAU